UGUCUCUCUCUUCGGCGAUGGUGGACGUGACCUUGCGAAAGCAUGAGCUGCAGCGCAAGGAGAGGCCGCUCGGAAGCAGCCAGUGGAGACCGAGUAGUAGCACUCGAAUGUUAGAUCGAAACAAACCUGACCAUGACGCUUUCGUUCUUGUUCUCGGUUCUAUUGAUGUUGGCAACGGCGAGUGCUCAGACCAACAACUGCACAGAUCUGGAUGAUUGUGGGAGGGAGUUUUGUGGUGUCGAUGGCGUAUGUCACUCUUACUCGUGUCCCAAUUGGUUCCAAUACGGUGGGAGUGUGAGCAGCGUAAUCGACGACGGCACAGCGCUCACCUGUGAAGACUACACAACCGGAGAGGAGGAUUUCUAUCAUGCGGUGAUCUUUAGCUGUGGAGGCUUUGGGCCGGGAGUGGACAUGGAAGGCGAUGGCGUCUCCCAGGUGUGGAACCGACGAUGCUACUUUGACGCGGGGGACGAGUUGUUCGAGUGCUUCCACUUGGCCCCCGAUACAGAUUUCAGUGCUUUUGUCAACCAGGCCGAAGCCAAUCCUCCCCAGCCUUGCGACUAUUCAGAAGAAGAAAUUGCUCGGGGAUCUCCUACCAAUGCAAGCUACAUUUAUCAAGUUGUCAUAUCGAAACCACCAAGCUUUAUCAGUUUCCGCCGAGGACCCGAAAGUACUGCAACUUUGGAUGUGGAUUCUGCCAUGAUGACCAUGUACGCCAAAGUUACCAGUUCUCAAAAGACUCCUGAGCCAACUGCUAGCCUUACUGUUGGCCCUUCCACAGCAAGUCCCACUGUGAGCACUAGUGCAGCCAUAUCCUUUCGCCUGAAGACAAAACUUGCCUCUCUUUCUGCUGCAGUGCUAUGGAUCACGACUGAGCUGACGACUUGACACCGCCGUCGAACGCAACAAAGAAAGAGGCAGGCUACAGUGGUAACACUAUACCGGUACCGAUACAUGUAGUAAGUCCAUCAUUUUAGUGUGUCAUGGCUAUCAAGCUGUCCCUGCAUCUUGGGCUAUAGCUACCAGCAGUACGGUAGAUUCAUCG